AUGUUCGAGGUGAGCGCGCUGGUGCCGGGGCCGCUGCCGUUCCAGUCGUGGACGCCCGUCGUCGUCUCGCUCGACGGCCAGCCCCUGCGCGUCGACUACGGCGCCUCACACAAGCCGUUCGAUACCACCGGCUGCGCUGCUAGCGCCAUCGACCCGCCUUUCCUCGUCGAGAUUGUCUUUUCCAACAAGAAGAAACUCCUGCUCGACAUGGGCUCACGGUCGCUCCAGACGCAGCUCAUUCGGCUACUGACCGCUACGACAACCCGUCGCCAAAAAGGCGGACCUUCGGCCCUGCAACAUCUCGGUUGCUGA